AACCGGACAUCUAACCGGGCACAUAAAUAACCGAACAGAUAGCCGGACAGCUGGAUACCCAGACAUAACGAUAGUACGAUAGCCAAAUAGUCGAAUAGUUAGAUAGAAGGAUUGAUAGAUGCUUCUGCGUCCCGAAGAAGUCAAGUGUCUAGCCAAAACUUUAUUUCAGUUUCCGCUCUUACGAUUGGUCAAUCUCCAGGCGCCUGGCACCUUACGAAAUAUUGGAAGAAUUGCGAUUCCGUGAUCUAAAAUUUUCCUCUUUAACCGCCAAAUGACGUUGACCCAGCUAGACCUGAAAGAGAUAACAGUGUAGAUUCGUGGAAUAUUGGAAUAACUUACCAAGUAUUUUCGCAAUUUCACUUGAUGAUUUCUCCAAAUCAACUUCCAAAACAAACCGAUCUGUCAUUAAGUUUCGAGUGCUCGCCGCCAGAUGUGCAAAGCUCACCAAAGAGAUCACUUGUCUCCUUACCUGUUUAUAUAUCCGUCUCCUUUACUCCUCCAUGCGAAGCCCACCAGCAAGAGUGCUCAUUGCACUUGACAGGCACUCGAAUGCCAGCCGACGGCGACGUCGACGCCGGCGCACUGCAGCCUGUCCAGCUACCUUCCGAAAUCGGGUCCCUCCGUCUGGCAUCAGCCAAACCCGAAGCAGUUGCCGUUUCGCUUUCGCAUCACAUCGGCUGGACUUGUUUGGGCUCGUCUCGUCGCGCGAACUUGGACGAGAAUACGUCGUAAACACACACACGAACACAGAUUUUCGGAGCUCCUUGCAUCUGGAACGAAAAAUACACGCACAGUAGGCGGCGUACGCGUGUUUUUGACCGUCGGGAUUUGGGUUUUAUUUUUUCCUCCUUCGCUGUCGCCGCGCGCUCUCGUAUAUUAUUGUUGUGCAUCGGAAUUGAACCGAAACAGGCGGGCGUGCUUGCUGGCGACGAUGGUCACGGAUUUUUAGAAGUGAUUUAUGCGUUGUUUGUGUUCCGGUCCGGAAGAAAAAAAAACUAGAAAAUACGGACACCGGUGAAUCACGGCCGCCAGACUUCCGAGUGUUGUUGAUUGUUGUGAAGGUGAAAUUGGAGAAAACAUCGGCGGCUGCGAAACGAACGAGCGAGCACGAUUGUAUUGUUCGGAAGAGACAUCGGACGAAAAGGUGAACUAAAAAAUUGUAUGAAACUGAUCGGAUUAAAGUUCCUGUGAUUGAAGUGAUUCUCGAGUGAUAGUGCGUGAUAGCGGAAGAAAAAAAUCUGACAGAUUUAUUAAACACCAUCAAAGUGGAAGGCGAAUUUGACGCAGUGCUGUAAACUACCAUCGAAGAUACAUCCAAACGCAGAAGCCUUCGCAGAAACGCUGUUCCCCCACAAUUCGACAAUCACCCCGAAUGCCACAACAGGAGCGCACAUCACCAGCACCGAGCAACAACGUUCACAAGCCCCAGUUGCGGCGGCACGGCAUGGCAGCAGCAGCAUGGAAAAAUUAAUCCACUUUGAAAGGUUGACAAAAUAAACUGUGACUAGGCAAGCGGGAGGACGGACCUCCAUCCACCACAUAGGUUCAAUCGUUCGGAAUCGAUGUUGGUUGUCCUGGGGCGAGCCGAGACCCCACGAGGAGGCGGUGAAACAAUCAAUGCCAAAUUGAUGAACUGAUUUAUGCAAAUCGGGUUUGCUGCCGAUAAAGAGGCGAGAGAGACACAGAAGAGUACAAGCUGUUGUUGAUUCCGCGAGUUGGUUGCGAAUCACGUUUAUACCUUAUACCUACACAACGUGUAGAUCUUUCCAGUGCCAUAAAAUAAUAAUCCCGACCCGUCGCUAGAGCUACUAGCUGUGUGGGGGUGCAAGGUAAACCAAAAGCUACUGCUCGGGCUUCCGGUGGCUUCCAGAUGAGGGAAAACGUGUGAAACAGUUGCGUGGUGGAUCCUACAUAUGUGCAAUAAGUCGAUUCAUUUUGGUGAUUUGGGUGCAUUUUUGUGCUAGUCGCGUGUGAUCGAGAAGAAAUCGUUGGUUCGUGUGAAGAAGUGGGAAAAUCGGCGAGAAAAUAAUGCAAGAAAAUAGCAUUGCUGCAGUUCCGGUGUCCGGUGCGACAGUUACGGCGUCCGGCAUUUCCGGGACGACGGGUGCGGGUGGUGGUGGUGGCGGCGGAGGUGGAGGUGGUGGUGGGAACGGUGGACAUCAUACCUCGCCCAGCAAUGCCACAUCUUCCGGACAGACGCCAGUGUCUUCGCCUAGCAAUAGCAGUAGUAUCAGCGACAUCGAUCAGGCCCAGUUCGAGGCGGACAAAAGGGCGGUGUACAAACAUCCACUGUUCUCUCUGUUGGCAUUGCUACUAGAGAAAUGUGAACAAGCAACACAAGGCUACAUUCCCUCCUCGAAUUCGUCCAGCCCGAAUGGAUCCAGCAAUGGUACCAGCGAAGGCGACAGCUUUGCCCGGGACAUUCAGGCCUUCGUGCAAUUGCUGGAGAAGGAGAAACGCCCCCUGUUAACCAAUAAUUCCGAACUGGACGGCCUUAUGAUCAAAGCUCUGCAAGUGCUGAGGAUACACCUGCUCGAGCUAGAGAAGGUGCAAGAAUUGUGUCGCGACUUCUGCACGCGCUACAUUGCCUGCCUUCGUGGGAAGAUGCAAUCGGAGAACCUACUCCGAUCGGACUACGCCUUGGAGCAUAACAACAACUUGUCCAACUCCAACAGUCCCAUCAACAGUCCGGAGCAGGAUCUCUCCGGAAGUGCUCAAAGAUUCUACCAAAACGCCGACUACCUGUCCGGAAACGAUACCAAUGAAUAUAGCAAUAUGCAAGUAGGCCACUUACCUCAGCAGCCGAUGGCGCCGUUGCCUUCACACAACCCAUUACCGCAAGAUCUCUCCAAUCCUAACAUUCCGGUAGCUACUACCAAUUUACCGGUAGCUCCACCCAUACCACAGAAUCCUCACUAUCCAUCCCAAACCCUCGGAUCGACCCCUCUGAGCCAAAUUGGCAUAACCCCAGUGACCCAGCUAGACCCCUUCGCCAACGGUCAGCUGUCCCCAAGUGGCAGCUCGGAUGAACUCGACGACUCGGAGCUGGAUGGCAGCAGCCUUGACGAGCACGGGAGACGUAUAAAGCGAAGCGUUCUUCCCAAACACGCGACCAGUGUGAUGCGGGCUUGGUUAUUUCAGCAUUUAGUCCAUCCUUAUCCUACUGAGGAUGAGAAACGUGCAAUAGCCGCCCAAACCAAUCUCACGCUAUUACAAGUCAAUAACUGGUUCAUCAACGCUCGACGUCGCAUCCUACAACCUAUGCUCGAUACUAACUCCGACAGUUCCGCGCAAAGUCCACCUCCAGAAGAUCAACAGCCCAGCAAACGCCACUGGAUGGCCGAUAACCUCUUGGGCACGGUACCUGUGCCAAGUCACCACUAUCAGCUGGCCAACAUUGAAAACAUCAGUUCCAACGUCAACCGAGCUGUGGCAUCCUCCAGCACCUCUCGCCACAAAAUCUCCACGGCAAACUUCUAUCCUCAUCCGGCGGUGGCGGUAAGUUCCGAGGAAGAAUCCAGCGAGUCAAGCCAUACUAAUCUAGUAGGAGGACGCUAACGUCGCCACCUUGGCAUACAACAGUUAUAUAGCAAACCUAAUGCAACCUCAACAACGUAACCGACGUAUACUAAACGGAAUCUACCGUGUGCAAAUCAAAAUGCCAUAACCAAGUCUAGUUCUAGGGACGUCUCGGUCCCGAAAUUUAUUUAUUAAGCAUACUUCGCCGUAAAGUAACAAACAUGAGAUAAGAAGAUUAUUUUCUUUAUUUUUACACUACUCAAUGAAACCGGCCGGCGAUUAUUUCGAUUCCACGCGCGCGUAUACGAGUUUUCCAAUGAUUAAGUACGACUCUUAUGAGUCAAUUACCGGGCAAUUAGUUAGGCAUUAAGGUCAGUAGGUCAACGCGAAUGGCGCUGUUCUGUUGAUAGACGCCUGACGCUUGGUGUAUACAGUAUACACACGAGCCAAAUCUGCUGGAAGUAAACGUAACACAUUGAUUGUUGCACUUUAUUUACGUCGCACCGUGUCGGUCGGCCGCCCGGAUUUGCUCUGAUUAUGGCCGGGAUUUUUUUUAACACAUAGGUAGUACAUAUACUUACGGCAAAUGUUUUGCAAAACGAUGGCGAUGACGAUGAUGAGAGAACCCGGCGGUCAGCCGGGUGCAACAACCGGUCAAGGUUGCCUACUGGAGACGCACGUGGUGAAUGCUAUUAUUUAAUAACCAACAAUGGUAUUUCUAAUCUGGCCUAUAGUCUAGUCUGGUCCAUGCUGGUCUACACUUACACUACUAUUCAAAGAAAGAAUCCUGGAAAAUGAUAUAAUUUUUCUUUUCAUUAGUUAUUCUUGCAGUAUAUCGGGAUGCAUUACAAACAUCGAAAGUGUCGGGCCUACUGUACAGCGUUACUGAUUCCACUAAAAAGUUAUUGGUGAGGACUAUAUCGUGCCAAACGCUUAGUUAUAUUAAAAGCAAGAUACGUGCAAAUCCUUUUUUCAGGAAUUCUCGGUCAGUCAACUAAAAUCUCUUUACUGAUUUGGUUGCGGCCAAAUUUCAUGAAUAUUCACCAUCCGUUGACACUCCAAGUGAUUUGGAUGAUGUCGUUGAUAUUACAACGGCCUUCAUUAUGGAAGCUUUUGAAGAAGCUUGUCCUCUACGGUCUGUGAAGACUACAAGAGGAACCCCUUGGUGGGAGUCUGAUCUGGCGAAGUUCAGG